AUGACAAUGGGAGUUAUGCUUGGUGUUUCUCCAGAAACUAUGAGACAUCUCAUUGUUAGUAUUCACCAAUUGAUUCAAAUGGAUUUAACGAACAAUGACAUAAGAAUUGGAGGUAUUGAUGCCAAUGGACAUCGAGUAGAAGGUGUUUGGGUUCAGGGGGGUAUUGAGAAAAUAGCAGAACGAAAAACAUUUUUGGUGACAGUUCCUCAGAGAGAUGCUGCAACUCUCCUUCAAGUGAUAAAGCAGUAUGUAAAGCCUAAUAGCAUUAUUCACACAGAUUGCUGGGCUGCAUAUGGGGGAUUGACAUCAGUGGUUGAUAUGAACUAUACUCAUAGAACAGUCAAUCACAAUGUUGAGUCUGUGGAACAGAAUAAAAAUGAACUGCAAUGCCAGAUUGCAAACAAAACAAAUGGUGCCAUGGAUGUUGAUGGAAUUCAUAUGGAGAAAAAAAUAUGA